AAAAAUCAGCCCUCCGAAGUAUGCACGCCACUUUCUCGGCCCUUCGUCAGGGCUGAUGAGUCGGUCUUCUCGUCUUCUCCUCCAAGCUCGCCAUGCCGCAUGCCCACGCCGCCGCCGUCGUGGACCGGCUGCUACGCCGGCUGGCCUCCGAUGCUCGCCGGCUGGAGCUGCCGGCGUACAUAGACGAGGACGUGGAGCAUGUGGGGCGAACUCUGGCGGGGUUGCAAGAUGUGCUGGUAGACCUGGAGAGGCAGUACUUCAGGGUGAGCCCGGAAGUGCAGGAAUGGAUGGGGAAGAUCAAGCAGAUCGCCUAUGUCAUGGAGGAUCUGCUGGAUGAAUUUGUAAACCACAACAGCAUCGGAUCUCAGAGGAGCGGCAGAAUCGCAAAGGCAACAGCGCUCCGUUGGUCGUGUCCAUUCCUCUUGCAUAGCACUGGAGUAAAACAGAUGAAAUCAAUUAAAAGGAGAUUGGACGUUUCAGCAAAAGAUUAUAUCAUAUUCAGUUUGAUGCAGCACCAUUGUCCUGAUAUUGAGCAAUUUGAUAAUGGAGUAUUUGAUGGAGCUGCAAUCGUCGGAAGAGAUAGGGACAAAGCAAAUAUAAAGGACAUGCUCUUGCGAAGUAAUGCAGAAAAGUUAUCAGUCCUUCCCAUUGUUGGCCUUGUGGGGCUGGGGAAAACUACUCUUGCAAGAUUAAUUUUCGGUGAACAGGGAGAAGGGUGGAAUUUUGACCUUCGUAUGUGGAUAUGCUUAAAUAGGAAAUUUGACCUAAAAAAGGUUGCUAGUGAUAUAAUCUCGCAAUGUAAUCACACAGAAGAAAAACUCUUAGAUGCUCAUGCAGACAUUGAGAUUCAAGAUAACCUGCAGUUGCUAAAGAAUCGAUUGCAAGAAUUACUUCGUGAGAAAAGCUGUCUAAUUGUCUUGGAUGACCUUUCUAGCACGGAUAAAAGCCAGUUGGAUGAAUUGAAGGAAAUGCUAACAGGUACAAAGGAGUGUACCAAAGUUUUAGUGACCACCUCCAGUGAAACAACAGCAGAACUUGUUUACACUGUUCCACCAUACAAGUUGGAUCCUUUAUCUGAAGACGACUGUUGGACAAUAUUUUCUCAAAGGGCUUUUGGAAAUGGGGAUAGUAUCAAUGCAAGCCUUAAGGAUAUUGGGAAGCAAAUUGUGAAAAGGUGUGAAGGAAUACCAUUAUUAGCUCAUUCUAUUGGUUCAAUUUUACAAAAUCAAAUUACAAAUGUGUGGUUAGCUGCAAGGGAUGAGGAAAUAUGGAAGUUAGAGAGAAUAAUUGUCACUAAAAUGGAAGUGUUUUCACCAUUCUAUCAAAUUUACUAUGACUUGCCCUCAGCACUCAAACUGUGCUUUCUAUAUUUAUCCAUAUUUCCUAAGGGAUCUGCUAUUGAUAAGGAAAAGCUUAUCCGACAGUGGAUUGCGCUUGAUAUGAUUGGAUCAAAGCAUGAUUCCUUGCCUUCCUAUGUGCACGGGGAGAUGUGCAUUCAGGACCUUUUGUCAAUGUAUUUUCUCCAAGUUCUAACGACGCACACUGAUGAUGGAACAGAUAACAAAAUAGCUCCGACAACACUCUACAUGCAUAGCUUCGUCCAUGAAUUUGCAAGGCAUGUUGCUUGCAAUGAUAUUAUAAUUUUGGAUGGUAGCAAAAUGCAGAAGGGCAAUGCCAAAAGGCAAACAUUCCAAUAUGCACUAUUGACAUAUUACAGAGGGCAAUCAACACUUUCCAAUUCACUACUUACCAGGGCAAGGGCAUUACAUCUCAGGAACUCUGAAGCUAUAACGUUUCAUAGUGAAGCAUUUGAAUUACUGAAGCACUUGCGUAUUCUGAGUCUUAGUGGAUGUUGUUUUCGAGAAUUACCAGCCUCUAUCAGUCAUUUAAAGCAUCUAAGAUAUCUUGAUGUUUCAGGCGUACAAAUUCAAACAUUACCUUCCCCAAUGAGUAGGUUGACAAACCUCGAGACACUGGAUCUAUCAAAAACAUCUCUCGAGGAAUUACCCUCAUUUAUUGGUAAUUUUCGAAAGCUAAGAUAUUUGAACAUGCAAGGCUGUGACAGACUGCAAAGUUUGCCUUCAGCCCUUGGUUAUCUGCAAAGGCUUGAGCAUCUUAGGCUGUCAAGUUGUAACAAUUUCAGUGAGCUACCUGACUCCAUUUGCAGUCUUCAUGAUCUACGUUUUUUGGAUUUAUCAAGGUGCACUGGGCUGCAACACUUGCCUCCUUUAUUUGGUAACUUAAUAAACUUGGAGGAUCUAAGUCUGUCUAGUUGCUUCAACCUCAAGCAGCUACCAGAAUCGUUUGGUAACCUUUACUUCCUUAGGUUCCUGAGUCUAUCAGGUUGCUAUGAGCUUCAACGGUUACCAGAGUCCGUUACUAACCUCGAGAAAUUGGAAGUUCUUAAGCUCCGGAGAUGCCACAGACUUCAAAAUCUCCCACCCUCCUUAGCAACCAUUAAAUACCUUCGAGUUCUAGAUUUGGCUGGCUGUGAAGCACUUCAUGUAAGUACUGAGAUAUUAACAACCAAUUUGGAGUAUCUGAACCUUCAGCGGUGCUUAAAGUUGCAGACUCAACCAUCCUGUUUUGAAAACUUCAAUAAGUUGAAGUUUCUGAAUCUCUCUCAGUGCCUCCCAACCAUUGAUUGUCUGACAUCUGUUGGUUGCUUGUUAAACUUAGAAUAUCUAAACCUGUCAAAAAAUUUCCUUGACCUACCUGUGUCUUUUACAAGGCUUCAGAAGUUGCACACAUUGGACCUCACUGGUUGUGCUCCAAUACGUCAAUUCUCCAGUGUCCAUCAAAUAUUGCCAGACAUAAUAGGUAAAAUGACAGGACUCAAAUAUGUGCUGACGAAUGAUCCAGUGUUAGUGUCUUCUUUACCAAAACACAUCCGGUUCUCCAUUGGCAUUGAUGAACAAUGGUACGUAACUACGGAUGAGAUUGUUGUUACAGACAUCACAGGAGGGUCCAAGGGCUUAAGUAUUGCUGAGAGACUGAACCUACAUAACCGACUAGAGCUUCGUUUCCUUAGGUUGGAGUGGACUCUUACUUCUCAUUCAUCUGGAGAUGAAUCCGUUGAUGAUGUAUUAGAAGAGGAAGUGCUGGAAGAGCUCCAACCAAACCACAAUUUGGAGAAUUUUGAGUUAGUUAAAUAUGCGGGCUAUGUAUUCCCUACAUGGAUGAUGAACAACAUGAGGACUUCACUCCCAUACCUUGUUAGUCUUCGUUUGUUCCACCUGCAGAACUGCUAUGAUCUCCCUCCACUUGGUCAGCUAAGAAAUUUGCGCUACUUGCACAUAAAAGAUAUGCCCAACCUAAGAAACCUAAAGAUGGGACUUUCGUGGGGGGAAGAACCCUUCAAGAAAUUAAAACACCUCAAAUUGGAAACAUUACUAAACUUAAUGGAGCUGUCCAUAUUAUUGUUGCCGACUGGGAAUGAGAAUCAGCCAUUCAUGUUCCCCGCUCUUGAGGAGUUGUCAGUGCUGUCUUGCUCUAAGCUCAUUUUCAAACCAUCUCUACCGAAGUGUGCGAAAUAUGACAUAAAAGACAGUAGCAGGACUCUGUCAUGUGGGCAACCUUUGGGGCCAUCGUGGUCUCUGUCACCAACAAAGGUGGAAAUAAGUGGGUGCACGAUACCUUCCAGUUGUUUGCAAUGGCUUAAAUCCUUGCAGACUCUAGAGAGAGUAGUAAUUGAUGCAUGUGUGGGAGAUGAUGGUGCAGUGUUAACCUCUUUUGAGCUCCAGGAAAUAAAGGACACUCAAGAGUCAUCUAUUCCCAGGAUUCCAAAUGAAACUUCAUCUGGGACAAACAUUUCACAUGAACUGAUCGUUCAGAGUGGUGUCCCUAAAAAUACUGGUAGUAGCAGCUCAAUAAUCCGGAAACUCUUUCCAAGGUUUAACUCCACUUCACAACACUUAGCAGUAAGCACACCAUCCAAGGCUCCAUCAACUUUGCGCGGACAGUCCAGGUCCAAAAUGUCCGCACAGAUACCUGGUAUAGGAUCCUUAAGCAUUAAGCAAGUCCAGAAGGCUACUCAGAAAUUUUCACCUUCAUGUAAGUUAGGUGAAGGAAGAAUCUGGACCGUCUACAAGGCUGUAUUACCAGAUAACCAGAUUAUUAUUGUCCGGAGAGCCAAAAAGGGUUGUGUUCAAGAUGCAAAAAUCCUCAUGGAAGUGAAGCUCCUUGCAGAAGUUAAUCACUGGAGUUUGGUGAGGUUUCUAGAUUUUAUUGAUAAAAGGAAUGAGUGUAUUAUGAUUACAGAGUAUGUUUCAAACGGUACUCUUAGACAACACUUGAAUGGCCAACAUGAGAGAAUCCUGGAUUUUAAUCAACGCGUAAUGAUUGCUAUUGAUGUUGCUAUUGCCUUGACUUACCUCCAUUUGUCUACUGGGGAAGUGGCAAUUUGUUACAAUUUGAACACAAAGAACAUUCUGCUGACCGAGACCUACAGAGCGAAAGUUUGCUCUUCAGGAUUGUCAAGAUGUGGUCGUGCUGUUCCAUGGAGAGGGACGUUGGGCUACAUGGAUCCAGAGUACUUCCGGACCUGUGAGCUUACUGUGAAAUCUGAUGUCUACUCUUUUGGUAUAGUACUCUUAGAAAUCCUAUCUUCUCACGGACCGCAAGACUGGAACUUUUGGAUGAAGCAACAGAGGAGCAGCAUUGUCCAGUGGGCUCUCGAGAUGUUUUGUGACGACCUUGUGAAUGAGAUAUUCGAUUACCGAUUGGAGGGUGAUGUGGACGAAGAAGUGCUCAUAGACUUGCUCAGAUUGGCACUAAGUUGUGUCGCUUCCAGUGGCGAUGAUCGCCCAAGCAUAGAAGAGGUCGGGGAGAGGCUAUGGAAAAUAUGGAAGGAUCAUAGAAUGCACAUAGGAGAACCAUUCGAGUACGAAAGAAGCUGGGCAGAGUUUGUUGAAGAGGAGGGAAUUUUGCGGCACAACCAGUACGAGCGGGAGAGAAGUUAGGAUAUAGAGAUGGCAGUGGGUUCCUGUUCUCCGACAACAAAGCACGGCGAAUGGUCUGGGUAUAGCAGCCGACAACAGUUUGGAUUGACCCAAGACCCCUAUGUUGGUUUCGAUUCAGUUCAUUCACCAAUAUUACACUAUAUUGUCAGUACAAAGUUUCCACUCAGGCACUCACUGUGAAUAUACAAUUUUAUUACUUAUUGAACUUUAAUAUGUAUGAUUGUAAAAAUAUUUGUAUCUGUUUUACAUUUGCAAUGAAAGUAAUAUUUAUAUCUAA